AUGCCAAUACAGGAUAUCUUAAGCAAUCUUCGUAACCCAAACAAGCGAUUCAACCGUAUAAAUUUGGGAGGUUUCAUAUCCUCAACAAUAUUGAAGUGGAGAAUAACCGACUUGAUACUUAUUGUUAUUCUACUUGUAUUAUAUUUCAUCCUAUAUGACAUCAAACCAUUUCAUAGACAAUUCUACAUUAAUGACUUAACUAUAUCUCAUCCAUUUGCAGAAGUUGAAACGGUGGGUAACACAGCAUUGUUUGUAUAUUCAACAUGGAUUCCAUUGGCUAUUGUCAUUGUUGUAUCGUUGGUACUUACUACACCACAAUAUAAGUUGUACAAUACUUAUGUUGCUGUAAUUGGAUUGGUUUUGUCCGUAUUGAUAACUUCAGUGACUACUGAUGUUCUUAAGAACUGGAUUGGUCGUCUUCGUCCUGAUUUCUUGGCCAGGUGUAUACCGGAGAAAUCAACUCCAAUAAAUCAACUUGUAUCUAUUGAAGUAUGUACAUCAGAUAACUUGGGUUUAUUAGAAGAUGGGUUUAGAACCACACCAUCAGGGCACUCGUCAUUGAGCUUUGCAGGAUUGAGCUUCUUGGCGUUGUUUUUACUUGGCCAAUUACAAGCAACCAAUACUAAAGUGGGAAGUUGGAGAACAUUGAUUGGAGCAGCACCAUUCUUGAUGGCUGCUUAUAUUGCAUUAAGUAGGACAAGGGAUUACAGACACCAUUUUGUUGAUGUCUUAAUUGGUAGUGUAUUGGGAUUAGGCAUUGGAUUUUGGUCUUAUUUGAGGUUAUUUCCUUGGAUUAGUCAUGAGAGAAGUUAUGUCAAUUUGAUAAUUAUUGAAGAGGAAGAUGAAGAGAAUAAUAGUAAACUUGAUCAAGAAAAUGAAGCUAAUUACACUAGAUUAACCGAUGUAUAA